AUGCAUUGGAAAGGACUGCGUCUUGUCGCUGAUGGCAAGAGGCAGAGCACCUUUGAGCCUCAAGCCCGUCACAGUGAACAGCUUCCACGUCCUUAUCCCCCCGCCGAGCCUAGACUAUCCGAGUCAAUUUCUCGGUCAUCAGACAGCCCGGUAAAUCAAGGACUUCAGGUACCAGAUGACAACGGGUCGCACCAUGCGGUAUCUCAGCCAGACCUUGCAGAACCAUCUGAGGGAGACCGUCCCAGCUUACGCCACAAGCGAUUCAGUUUCAUGAGACUACGCCAUGCAUCUGACCCCCAACUUUCGAAGUCUUAUGUCAAGGCGGGCCAGGACACUCCCCCAGUCCCUUCCUUACCUCCUCCCAAGAUCAUUACUACCGCCCCGACUAGCCACGAGCUCGACCAACCCGUGAAACAAAAACCCAGGCUCAGCUUUCGACCAUCGUCACGAAAACAGUCUAUGGAGGAAAUGUCUCGGAAAUCAAUGGAACACCCCGCGAAGCCUCGUAGAAGGGGCCAAGGAUCAACCGACUCCCAGGUUACCGACUCGACGCUUGCCAUGUCCCGGAGUAUCACCGAAGAACCUGGGCGCUUAUCAACCAACUCGCUUCGCGGAAACCCGCAGACCAGCGACUCUCAGCGCUCGUCGGUCAUUGAUACCCGAUUGUCCGAAUCCUCACGAUCAGACCAGAGUUACGGUGACCAUACAGUCACCCGAAGCGUUUCCCCUCGUGAUGGCCAAGGCGCCAAUACCGCAAAGCGAUUCCGUAUGCCGCGCUUGAAACGAACCCGGGCCCCUCUCUUCCCUUUACCCCCGAAAGUCUCGCACCCGCCUGGAGUGGAUAAUCGACCGAAGUUCCCCCCGGUAGAUACGCCAAAAUCCGAGGCUUCAGAUGGCCAGGACCAAAUCUCACCACUACCUUCCCCAUCCCGUUCCACUGUGGGGCUCGCUACCUCGAGUGUACUACCGCUAUAUCGAAAUGAUUCGACAAAUUCCGCUCACUCAGUCCGAUCCAAUCCCUCUGUUAAGAACCGAGGACGCUCGUCUACCAUGGGAUCGCUGGCCGAGAACCAGGACGACUUGUCCAUACCCCCAUAUUUGGCAUCCUCGACACGCACCUCCACUUCGACCAGUGGCCGCAAGAGUUUCAGUGAUAUGUUCAAUAUCACGCAGCGAUUGAGGCAAAACUCCUCCCCACCUGCUCCUCGCCAUGCUUCACCCGCGGUAGGCGGCACCUCCACUCCGAUUUUAAAGCAAGAGCUCCCAGUAAUCCCAAAACGGGAAGAAAACGAUACACCCGCUUCAUAUCUAACCCGCUUAGAAGAAACUCUGCCCCGCGGCAUGAUUGCUGGUGUCCUCGCUCAAUCAGAGGAGGAAUUCUACAAGAUCUGCCUGCGAAAAUACAUGAGAACUUUCUCAUACUUCGGUGACCCACUCGAUAUGGCAAUCCGCAAGCUUUUGAUGGAAGUCGAGCUUCCGAAGGAAACACAGCAGAUUGAUCGGUUCGUGCAAGCAUUCGCUGACCGCUAUCACGAAUGCAACCCAGGCAUCUUCACAGCCCCGGAUAACGCUUACUUUAUUGCAUUUUCGCUUUUGAUUCUUCACACCGACGUCUUUAACAAGAACAACAAACGGAAGAUGCAGAAGGCGGACUAUGUCAAGAUAAGUCGCAGUGAGGGAAUCUCGGAAGACAUUCUUGAGUGUUUCUAUGAGAACAUCUCAUACACCCCGUUCAUUCGGGUCGAAGACGCCAAUCUACCUGACCGUCAUUUGGUGAAACCACGCCGCACUCUAUUCAAAACCACUAGCUCCGAACAUUUGUCCCGGAUUGCACGGGAGCCUGUCGAUCCCUAUUCGCUUAUCCUGGAAGGCAAAUUGGGAUCCCUGCGCCCCAGCUUGAAGGAUGUCAUGGAUCUGGAUGAUACAUACAAUCAUUUUGGAACCGCUGGGCCACCAGACAUGGAUGCCCUUCACCUGGCCUUCACCAAGUCCGGAAUCCUACAGAUCAUCUCUCUGCGCUCUCGUCCUGACGCGUUCAUGCCGGCUAGUUUGGAUAGUCCACUCGACUCGAAUCCCGGUCUGGUUGAUAUCAAAGUCGCCAAGGUCGGCUUGCUUUGGCGGAAAGACCCGAAGAAGAAGAAGGCCAGGUCACCCUGGCAGGAAUGGGGUGCUAUUCUCACAUUCUCUCAGCUCUACUUCUUCCGCAAUGUGAACUGGGUUCGCUCACUCAUGGCACAGCAUGAGGUAUACGUCAAGAAUGGCCGUCGAGGAACUCUCGUUUUCAAGCCACCCCUUGCGGAAUUCAAGCCGGACAACAUCAUGUCUACUGGUGAUACAGUUGCUCUCCUAGACUCGAGCUAUAAAAAGCAUAAACACGCCUUUAUGUUUGUUCGGCACAACGCGUUGGAGGAGAUAUUCCUUGCUAGCUCUGAGUCUGAGAUGAAUGACUGGCUUGCACACCUUAACUAUGCUGCAGCCUUCAGGACCACUGGUGUGCGCACCAAGGGCAUGAUUGCCACGAAUUAUGAGGGACAGCGAUACCGCAGGAGUCAGCGAUUGAGCUCGAUAUCUUCACAAAAGUCUCAACAGUCGACGGAAAUAGAGCCCCCUUCUCCCAGUAUCGAUAACGACAUUGUUGCCGAAUUUGUUGCUGCACGACGAGAAUUGAUGAGCCAGAAAAUCCGGGAGAGAAAUGAAAAGCUUUUGAUGCUACAAAAGCAAUUGGAUGACCUUUUACAAAAUGCUCGACACUUGCAGGUUCUCACUCCUCUUCACGCUCGGGCCCGCGAGAGCGUCAUUAUGGCCGCAGGCCGGCUCUCUGCCAAGAUUAAAUGGGUGAGACAGGAUAUCUGGCGCAGCAAAUGUUACCGCCAGGUUCUCUUGCGAGAUCUGGGAGAGGAUGACGAGGUAGUGGAAAGCAGGGUCGGGUCUGUCGCUGAACCGACGCCAUCCCAGUCGGACGGAGCACGUCUGGCCUCUCUUUCCGGGCCGUCGGUGACAUCGGAACCUAGCGUGGAAAGAGGGAGCAGUAUUGUGCGUACCGUCUCCAGCGCCGAUACCCGUGAGUCUAAUGUGGGCCAACCCGAGCAGCCCUCGGAGACCGGGCUGCUGGGUAAACCUUCGAAUGAUGAACUGCGUCGUCCUAGUAUCCCGGCAUCUGUCACUUCAUCUGACAUUGCUCGUAUCGGUCGCCGGCGCUCUGCCGUGGCCGUCCCCGAGCGUGCCAAGUCAUACUCACCCGAUCCAACGACCCUCAAGCUCGAGCGUGAAGCUUCGGUCCUCAGCCGUGCCAGCCGAUGGGAUGGAGCUAGUAUGGCAUCUCGUACUUCGAAACUGACAUCGCCCGCGAGCUUCGAUGAUGGCGAGGAGCGCGUUCUGAGGGAAGCUGGUCUACUGGCGCUACCAGAGUCCCCGUCGGCACGCCAUGAUGAAGAGAUCGCCCCUGAUACACUCCCCGAAGGCGAGACAAAUCCAAACGAUAAGAACGACAGACCGAGUCGCGUCCGUCGUAGCCUUCAUCGCACGCUCCGUGAUUCGCAUACUCAUAGAAACCACUCUCGUUCGAAGAAGAAACGGGGUUCAGUGUCUAGCAUUGGGCAGGAAGAGGAUGAUCAAGUCUCCGGUGAUGGAGAAGUCCUUCCUCGCAAAGCCCCCAGUUUCACUGUGCACGGCAAAAAAGCAUCCGUCGUCACAUUCGGUUCUGAAUGGCAGAACAUGCCCCCGGAAGAGCGCCUCAAGCUCCGCAAGCCCACCCCUCAUGAAGAACCACGGGCGUCGGAUCCUGCUAUCUUGGGUAGUGGCGAGUCGAUUAUGACCGACCGCAGCCCGGAACGUCGCUCGGUGCGCAGAAUGAGCACUGCCACAGGUCUAAGUGUGCACACCGACGAUCUGGCGGAGUUCAAGGAUGCGCGGGAAGAGCUAUCGGAAGAGGACAUCGAGGGCCCGGCUUCUCCAGUGAUCACCACGCUUCCGACUUCAGAUGCAAAUGCCCUAGACACUGAACAUAAUCCUUUCUCCCCUUCAUCCACAAUGUACAACAGCCAUCUUUCUGCACCAAGACAUGACGGCUCUCCCUCCCCCUCCCCCUCCUCUACAUCUAUCAACGAGCGAAUUGUCGAUACGCCGUCCAGCGAAAACCUACGUGAGCAGGCCGUAGGCGCCUGA